AUGUCUUUUAAUGAUAAUACAUCUAUUAAUGAUGAUGUAUUUACUAGUAAUAAUAAUAAUAUUACUAUUUCUAAUUAUGAAAAAGAGUCAAUUUUAACAACCAAUUAUCAAAGAACGAUGUCUUUUGAUGAUAAUAUAUCUAUUAAUAAUGAUAUAUUUACUAAUUAUGAAAAUAGCAGUAAUAAUAAUAUCACUAUUUCUAAUUAUAAAGAAAAGCCGAUUUUAACAACUAAUUAUCAAGAAACAAUAUCUCUUGAUGAUGAUAAUAUAUCUACUGCUUCAAAUUAUGAAGAAUUAAUUCUAUAUGAAAUAUUUAAUAGUAAUUCUCACAAUAAUGAAGAUGAAGAUCAAGAGUAUAUAUCAAAAUUUAUGAUAAAGUUAUAUAUAAAAGAACAAAAUAGAAUUGCUUUUCUAGCUAAACGAUUAUCAUUUAAUGCUCAAUCAUAUAUGGAAUUUCACGAAGAAAUGCAGUUGCAAAUUCAAAGUUUAACAAAUAACUUUAAAUUAAAUCAAAAGGAUUAUAUUUUAGCAUAUAAAGUUACACAAGAAACAGGCAUUGAAACUCAAAUUACUAAUGAAGAUGAUUUUGUUAUAUUUACUACAAAACAAAAAGAAGUUUUUAUUAUAGCAACUAUGCUAUCAAAUAUAUCAAUUACUUCUAAUAAGC